AUGUGUCCUAGAAUAGGACGUAUUAGAGUUUUGAUUGGUGUUCAUUACAAGAUUCGCGACCAUGUCCAAGUGUGUCUUCGACGCGGGCCCCCACACGCGACGCAGCGGCGGCCAGAGAUCGUGACCACAACGGCGAGCGCGGAGCGCGGUUCCUGCACACCUCCGUGCACGCAUCCAAGGGACCGGCAGCAGGACGUCUCGCGCAUCCGCCGUGGAUGGGGCACGCCCAGCGUGCGCGGCUGCAGGAAGCUGCCCAUCGACGCGAAGACGGUGCGUGUGCUCACGAUGAGCAGCGCUGGGGUUGUACUACAGGAGGGCAUCGGCAAGAGUGGCGUGUCGGGCGAGAUGGUCAAGAGCGAGCAGGAGCUGGAGAAGGCUAUCCUGUAA